AUGGCUUUAGUAUUUUUAAAUAAACUUCCAAAAAUAUUUGUUAGAAAUGCAAGUUCAAGUUCUAUCAAUCGUUUUACUUUGAGAACUCAUAAUUGUGGGGAACUUAGACUUGAACAUGUUGGACAGCGAGUCAAAAUUUAUGGAUGGCUAAACUCUAAUGAAGAGAACAAAUUUUUAUGGGUCAAAGACGCUUAUGGAAAGGUUCAAGCUUUGGCUCCAGACCACAUGAAAGAUUUAAUUAAAUCUUUAAAGAGACAUUCUUCUCUUUGUGUGGAGGGGACAGUUAUGGAAAGAGAGAAGGAUAGAAAAAAUAGUAGAAUACCUACUGAAGAGAUUCAGGUUUUUUUAGUUUUUUUUUUAUUUUUGGGAAGGUAAAGGGGUAAUAGUGUCGUUUCCAGUCCACAUUUUUUCCUCCCAAUUUUUCACCCUAUGUUUGUACGGAAUGGUCAAAUUUCCCCUUUCUUUCACCAAAUUUGCCUUUCCAUAUUUUGUCUAAAAACAAUCA